AUGCCUUUUGAACAGCAGAGCACAACCGGCGACUUUCCAGGAUUUGAUGUUAUAGACUUCCUUGGAGAAGGAAGCUACGGCAAAGUAUAUCGCGCCAUCGAUGCAGAAACAGGCUUGGAGGUAGGGCUAAAGGUAAUUAAUAGGAAAGCAUUGGAGAACGACAAGCUUCUGUACACCUUGGAUCGGGAAGUAGUAGCACUGAGGACCGCGCAAAACAAAAACCUGACCAAUAUAAUUCGCCUCUAUUCAAAGACUGACAAAAACGAUUUUACAACGCUUAUCCUGGAGUAUGCAAGCCUGGGAGAUCUUUCUAGCUUAAUAAAAUGUUACCGUGUGCUUCCUGAGGAUUGGACGCGGUUCUUAAUUGCAGAAAUCAUUCUGGGGUUAGAAGGCCUUCACAGCAUCGGAUACUGCCACCGAGAUAUUAAGCCAUCGAAUAUCCUUCUUACCCGUGGCGGACAUGUUCGUAUUGCUGACUUCGGGACCUCUAAGCAGCUGCCUCUCGAUGAGGUGUCUAUGGCUAUCGGCACCAAGUCUUUUCCACCCUCUGCCUAUAUGUCUACCUCUUCAGCAGCUGCAAGUAAUGAUUCUCAGGGUACCUUGCAGAAGAAACUGCAGAAUAUGGACCAACAGCCCAGAUGUAGCAUAUAUGGCACGGUUUGCUACAACGCCCCAGAGUCAAAUAGGCAUGGUCUCCUCUACAUGUCUCCUCAAGAUGUCUGGGGUCUCGGGUGUAUCCUUUAUGAGUGUCUGACAGGGAUGCCUGCCUUCAUGGGAGACGUUGAGCUUGCUAUUAUGCAGGCGAUAGAGAAGCAAAAGGUGAUUGUACCGAAGACCGUGAGCCCUGAUGCAGCAGAUUUAAUAAAACGCUUGUUGACAAAAGACCCCACUAAACGCUUCAACGGUGGCUGGCGGGCCAUUAAGAAGCACCCGUUUUUUACUGAGCAUAACGUGGACUUCGCCAAUCUCAACAACCAAAUGCCUCCUUUCAAUCCUUCCAUUGUAUUUUCUGAUCUGCAGGAGUUUAAACACAUGAAAGUGCCUAAAAUUAUGAAUUCAGAUCAAGCCAAUAUGCUGAACUUGAUAGAUACUAGCGAAUAUCGCUCCAAGGAUUCUCCGUUGCGUAGAUUUUUAAUUCCUGGCGAGAACAUCAUAUACAGCAUAGAUGUGGUUAAAAGACGCGUGCUUCGGCUUCCCAAGCAACGUCGUUUUGUGCUUACGGAUUUUCCCCGACUCUUUUAUAUUGAUGUGUCCACAAUGGUUCAGAAGGGCGAAAUAGACAUGACGUCGACCAAUCUAAAGAUUACACGAAUAGGUGAGCGGACAAUUGAAUUUACUCUAGGACAAAAUUGCUUCACAGCAGAGGUACUGACUAAGGAUCUUUGUGACUUGUGGCUACGUUAUAUGACCAUGUACUCUGUGAAUGGGAAGACAGCAAUGGCGAACAUAAUGGCCAACAGAGCAAAUCUCGUCAAAGUAUCAGAUCAAGAUAUGCGCUGUGAGAUGUGUAAAGGCCGUCUCUUCAAGAACGGCUUCUGUAACACGUGUGGUAACGUGGCUCAGGUCUCUAACAACGGGAGCAGCACCAUACAGUACAUACUCAAAAUGGAUCCUCGCUGGCUCCCAGUUUCAGAGAAGGAGAUACGUUUGCACUCACGCCUGGCGCUCAUCUCAGGUAUUCAGCCAGAGAUGGACAAUAUAGAAGCUAUGUCGAGGUAUGAGACAAGGUCUUCUGUGCAGAAGGCCAUUGACAGGCUGAAGAAAACACAGGAGGAUGUGGUUGUGUACAAAAAUCGGCAGGAUCAACCCUUGGAUGGUUCUACCACUCUGCCUGACCAACAAUCAGCGAUAUCUGGUCCUACAGUGGAGCUGACUACCCAGGAAGCAGUACAAGCUUCGUCUACACUGUGUGCAACUCCUGAGUUGAAAGAGCUUCAAUCCGGUUUUGUGCAAUCCGGUCAAAUCUCACAGUUAAGUGGCACUGCUCUCCUCUUAAACCCUCCUCUCGCUACUAAACCUAAGCCCGCAUCAGAAAAAGAUUCAGCUAUUUACGGAACUCAAUUUCCUAACUUGCCCAACAUGAGGAGAUCGAGUGCAGAGUGCUGUCUCCCUUCUUCAGCUAAUGUCGAUGAUGAAGAACUUCAGAGCGAUAUGUACAAAGAUCAGGCACGCAUGAGUGGAGCCAGUACGCUAAGCAGUAUCACAAACAGACAAUCAAUGAGCGUACAGGUAAUUUCAAAACAAGAAAAGGACCUGUUUGAGUUCUUUCAUGCAAACGACUCACUUAUCAAUCUAGAGGAAUCCGGGCACGUGCUACCCUCCAGUGAGCAGGCGGCAAGGGUUUCAGUUGACGGGAAAAGCUACCAGGACGGUGGCAUCAUGGAUGGAAUAAAUCAGGCUCACCUGGAUUCAAUUGUGCAACAAGUAACGCUGACAUCUCCUCUACACACGGAACGUAACAGUGCAUCAUUAAUAACCCCACCCCUAAACUCUUGUCAAUAUAAGUAUGAAACUCCUGUGUAUCCCCAGUCGUCCCCAAACAAAGCCAUCCCGCAAAAGCAGAGUGACCUACCCACAGAUAUACCAGGGCUCUUGACAUACAUGGAUGAGACGCCAGGACACAGCGUGACGCCUGCAGUAGCCCCUUCAGGCCACGCUUCUGCUGUAAUUAAUAAGCGUGAUACCCUAAAUUCUCUUCAAAGCAUGAUACUGGGAGAGUUCCCUGAGUUGCCGACAAAUGUCGCCAAUCAGUCGUCUCACAUUCGGAUAACAACAGCAUCUACACAGGCCAUUCUCGGAUCUCAUUCCUAUUCUGUCAGGUGCUUGCUGGCAAAGAUAUAUGCUGUUUCAAGUGCAGCUGAAUUGCUUCCUUAUCCUACGCUCCCCCUACCGAGGAUUCUCGGAUACUGCGGUGACAGGCUUCUUCUCCAAUACAGAGAGAAUAUAGGUGUUAUAGGGAAGUUCCUUACUAUCCUCUAUGUUCUAAAUAACAAGCAAGCAAUCCUCCCUCCUCUCGGUACUACCAUAGUGGACAAAGUCGAGCCGCACUGCAUUUGUAUUUGUCAAAAUGAGCGCCGGGUUAAGCUAAGCGACAAUAUUGAUACAAACUAUGACGUAACCAUUAGGCAUGCAUCUCCAUGUUAUACGUGCGGAGGUGACGUCUUCAAGGAACUACCCACAGGUGAAAUUAUCAACGAUGCUCUUUUGGCGUCUCUAAAAUCACAACAGACAAGCGUCACGCAGAUCCCAACCAUUGUAUUCCCACAAGGAUUGAGCGCUGCCAAUGAAAAGACAACUUCAAAAGCACCGGAGGUGUCUGGAAGCGUACUUGUCAAACGCGCAACCAUGAGUAACAAAAAGGUCAGCUCAGUGCAGCUGGAUGACGAGAUACCGCUGGUUUCGCGAGAUCUCAAUGAGGAACAUUCAACAAACAGCUACAUGGCUGUGUUUGACAAGCGCCGCACCUCCAACACCGUAUGCAUACAAGAGUUAGACACGGAGUCUGAAGAAUGCUUUGAAACAUAUAAGCACUUUGAUACCGAGCCGUCUGUUGAAACAGCUGUGCCUCUGUCUGCUGGUCUCAAGUUUUACUUUCAUGCCAAUGGUAACACCCCCGUGGCACUUAUACCAAUAGCUGAAUUGUCGUGGCUUAACAUAGGUGCUUCGGCAAGAUAUCGUAAAGCAAUAAAGGAGAAAGUUGCUGAAGCAUUGACUCCAUUGUGUUGCUCACACCAGCGGAAGCCAGAAGUAUCGCUCCCAGGCAUCAUGUCCAUAAAGCAGUUCCAGCAAAAGGAUAAGUGGUGCAAGUACCUCGGUGCGAACGGUUCGGCAUUUGAGUUAACCGAAGAGAUAUAUAAGGUUGGCAAACUCCAAGAUCUACGCUUUCUCUUGGAAAUGAACACGUAUCAUAAGCAGGUGUCGUUUGACGUAACAAUCCAGUAUGAUGAAUCUAGUGACGGAUAUUUCAACGCCCUCUACCUGGAUGAGUGCAUGCGCUCCUCCGCAGUGUCUGCUACAACAGCCUAUACUGUUGAGGAUCUAGGUACUAGCACGGGGACGUCUAUCCACAACCACAAUAAGCCAGACACAGUGUAUCAACACAUGGUGGAGGACUACACACAGUCGUCGUUUAAACUAGCAAACAGACAGCCGUACAUCCACUACUGUAGAAGGUGUGUCUGCUCUGAGUGUAUCUCUAAGAUAGAACAGAAGGACUGCUUUAUAAAGUUAGAGGCUGUGGAGCAGAAAAGUGCAUUCAUAGCAUCUGAAUUCGGAAAGGACGAGUACUCAUUUGAGCUAUUCAAGAGCUGGGUUUCACGACGGUUCCCCUUCCAGUUUCGUGAGGGAAACUUUCCCCUCAGGCACCGAUGCCGUUACGAGCAGUGCAAGAGAUAUGUUGAAAGCAUCGCCCCCUGUGGGGACGUCAAUCUCCGGUUGCCGUUUGUGACCAUGGCAAGACCAGCAGAUGCAGAGGUGAUGGAGGUUGGCACGCAGAUACCGACAAGUGCAGAAUUAGACGAGUAUUGGGUCGACUUCGCAACUUAA